AUGGUAUGGAUGUAUUCAUUUUUUGACAAAGAAAUCGCAUCAGGUCUGUAUCGCAUAGGUGACACAGUACGCUUCGAUAAUUCUAAGGCAACGCGUCUUCUCGGUAUGCAAUUUCGUGAUCCUACAGAAAGUUUCAUUGAGAUGGGCUAUUCGCUAAUUGAAAGAGGAAUUGUCAAAAAGCGAUCUGGUUAUCGCGGAGUACCCAUCAAGUACCAACAUCUUAUUCAGGCUAACGAGAAAUAG